AUGUACAUAAAAAGGGUUAUUAUCCAGGGGUUUCGUAGCUAUCGUGAUCAGACAUGCCCAGAAGAUUUCAGUCCCCAUCACAAUAUUGUGGUUGGUCGAAACGGAUCUGGGAAAUCAAAUUUCUUCCAAGCCAUACAGUUCGUUUUAUCUGACGAGUACAGUCACUUAAGCAAUCAAGAGAGACAAAACUUUUUGCACGAAGGCACUGGACCAAGGGUUAUUUCAGCGUACGUCGAAAUAAUUUUUGACAACAGUGAUGGGCGGAUUCCUUCGGAAAAGCAUGAGGUUUCUCUACGUCGCAUCAUCGGGAGCAAGAAGGACCAGUUUUUUCUUGACAAAAAGAUUGUGACUAAAACCGAGGUGAUGAACAUGUUUGAAAGUGCCGGAUUUUCCCGCAGCAAUCCCUAUUAUAUUGUCAAGCAAGGGAAAAUAACACAACUUGCCACGGCUCCUGAUAGUCAACGUCUAAAGCUUCUGCGUGAAGUGGCUGGAACUCGAGUGUAUGACGAAAGGAAAGCAGAAAGCAAAUUGAUUUUCCGUGAAUCUGAAGCAAAGCGCGAACAGAUUUCUAAGCUACUAGAAAGCAUCGAAGAGCGAUUGGGAACCUUGGAGAACGAGACAAAAGAGUUAAAGGAGUAUCAGCGGUGGGAUCGCGAUCGUCGAGCUCUUGAGUACACGAUCUAUGAUCGAGAGCUAAAGGAGACGCGCAGAAAACUGGAAGAACUUCAGUCACGCCGAGAACAAAGCAGCGAGAGCACUGCUGAAAUACGUCGUGCGGCCAAAGAUACCGCUUCCCAGAUUGAGCGUUUGGAGCGCGAGUUGCGUGAUACGCGAUUAAAGGAAGCACAGCUGCAAGAUGAAGCUGAGCAAGUGCAACACUCAGUUAGCGCAAUUUUGCAGCGUCGGGAGCAGCUGCAGUUGACUUGUGGCGACUAUACUAAUACCCUCCGCAGUGGUAAGUCAGCACGAGAGCGUGCAGCAGAGGAACUGAACCGAGUUAAUGCUCAGAUUGAGGUGGUUGAACAGCGCCUUGCCGAGUUGAAACCCGAAUAUAAGGCUGCUCGGCAGAAAGAGGAUGAUUUAGCCAACGCUCUUUCUGAUGCGGAGCAUCGCAGGAAGGAAUUGUUUGCGAAACAGGGUCGCGUUAACCAGUUCCGUUCUCGUGUUCAAAGGGAUGAAUGGAUAAAGAAUCAAAUGAAAAGUCAGGCAAAGGCGAUUAAGGAUAAAGAGAACACAAUCGCAAAGCUCACGGAAGAAAUAAAAAAGGAUGAUGAACGUCGUGCUCAACUAGAGAAGGACUUAGAAGGAGCGGAAGAGAAUUUGAACACCGUUCGCACCGAACUUGAUGCGGUGAGUGAAGAUUCACGUCGUUUGCGUAGGGAGAAGGAGGAGACGCAGGCUGAUCGUCAAACGGUGUAUAGGGAGGAAACAAGAAUUGCACAGGAACUAAAUAAUUGGCGUGAUGAACUUGCGCGCACAGAACACAGCCUCCGAUCCAUUACGGGGAAAGUAAUUCUCAAUGGACUUGACUCUGUCCGAAAAGUAAUAGAAAUAUUCAGAGACCGAUUCGGGCCGGAGUGUGAGAUAGUACAGGGCUACUAUGGCACUCUCAUUGAGCUGUUGGAGUGCCCAGAGGACUUCUACACCUGUGUGGAAGUGACAGCAGGCGCGCGCCUCUUCUACCAUGUGGUGCAGUCGGAUCGUUACGUGAUCAAGAUCAUUAAUGAAAUCAACAAGCACAAUCUACCUGGUGAGGUACACUUCCUGCCUAUCAACAAACUGUACGUGAAGGAGUCCCACUACCCCGAGGUUGAGGGCGCUAUUCCCAUGAUCUCGCGACUCAAGUUUGACGACAAAUUUCGUCCCGUCAUGGUGCACAUUUUUGGAAAGACGCUCAUUUGCAGUAGCCUUGAGGUGGCCACUCAGCUUGCGCGCAGGCAGAACUUUGAUUGCAUUACUCUUGAUGGUGAUCAGGCUUCAAGAAAGGGCACUCUUACAGGAGGUUACUAUGAUAACCGGAUGUCGCGACUAGAGCUUCAAAGACGGAAGCAGAAGACGGAGAUGGAAAUUCAGGAGACGGAGAACGUGAGGGAGAACAACGCUAAGAGGAAGGAGCAAGUGGACGCCCAGAUAAAUCGUAUCAUUGAUGAGGCUCAACGCAAGGAGACUGUUCAAUCCAGGCUGGAGAUGACCUUUGAUAAGCUAAAGAAGGACAUCCACUUGUGGAAGGAGGAGUUACGCGCGAAGACUGAAGCAAGACCUCAGAAGGAGUGGAAACUCUCAUCAUUGCGACAUGAUUUGGAUCAAAUGAAGUAUACCAUGGAAUCUUACAAGGCCGAGUUGGGGACCGAGCUGCCUAGUCAGCUGUCUGUUCAGGAGCAGAAAGAAGUCGAUCGAUUGAACGACAAGAUACAAGCACUGACCCGUGAAGCCAAAGAAGCAUACAAAGAGCGCAUGAAAUUGGAGACAGAAAAGACAGAGAAGGAGACUCAGUUAGAGCACAACCUUUUCCGAAAACGCGAGCAGCUCGAGGCUGAGCUUGCCGAAGUAUCCGAACAGGACCUCGCCGAACGUCUACGAGAGGCACAAGAGGAGCUAAAAGAAGCGGAUAAUAGGAUAGAGGCAGAGGAGCGAACGGUGGAUGAAGUGGAGAGUCGCUUGGCAGCUCUGAUGCAGGAUCAGCGGCGUCUGGAGGCGGAGUUGGAGGCAAAGAGAAUGGAGGAGAAGGAUUAUGCCGAACGCAUUCAAGAUGAUCAACAGAGCCUGGAGAAGAUGCAAUCGAAACAAAGUCAACUCUUCAAGAAGAAGGAGGAGAACAUGAAGAAGAUUCGCGACCUUGGCUCUCUCCCUGCUGAUGCCUUCGAUAAGUUUCAGGAUAAGAGUCUUAAACAGUUGUUCAAACUGUUGGACAAGGCGAAUCGUGAAUUGAAGCGAUACAGUCAUGUUAAUAAGAAGGCAUUGGACCAAUUCGUAAGCCAUUCGGAGGAGAAGGAGAAGCUGUUAAAACGGAAAGAGGAGCUAGACGAGGCUCACCAGGCCAUAAUCGAUCUCAUGAACGCUCUCGACCACCAGAAAUACGAAGCUAUUACUCUCACUUUCAAACAGGUCUCAAAGAACUUCCAAGACAUCUUUAAGAGAUUGGUUCCUGAGGGUCGUGCAGAAUUGGUCAUGCAUCGUGGCAAAAAGCCGGCGGAAGGGGACGAUGAUGGUAGCGACAACGAGGGAGGCCGCAUGUCACCUGCUUCAGGAGUGCCAAUUCCGGAGGUGGAGUUGUUCACCGGUGUUGGGAUUCGAGUCUCUUUCACGGGAGAGACGGCGGACAUGAGGGACAUGAACCAGCUCUCGGGUGGGCAGAAGUCUCUCGUGGCGCUUACUCUUAUAUUUGCCAUCCAGAAGUGUGAUCCUGCACCCUUUUAUCUCUUCGAUGAAAUUGAUGCAGCGUUGGACGCCCAGUACCGUGCUGCAGUGGCUGAUAUGAUACGAGACCUUAAAUCAGAUGCGCAAUUCAUUACUACUACCUUCCGACCGGAGUUGUUAGAGUCAGCUGAAAAGUAUUAUGGUGUAAAAUUCCGUAAUAAGGUCUCGCAUAUUGAGUGUGUAACCAAGGAGGAGGCGUUGGACUUUGUAGAGGAUGACCAAACCCAUGGCUAA